AUGGAUAACACUGCGGAUAUGUGUAUUAAAGACUAUAACCAUAAUUAUAGCAGCCCGGAGAAUGCCAACCCCGACGACUCUACCUGGUCCCAAGCCACACUUGUGUCGAGCCUGAACUGCAUGAAUAAUGACAAAGAUGCCGAAGCCCGUUCUCUAGCGGCCAAACUAUCUGCAGAUACACUGGUCACCUCUUUCUCCGAAGGUCCAUCUCCUCGAUUGUGCCAAAACCCCUCGGCUACUGACCCUGGCAGUGGUGCUCUAAUACCGAACCCCGAUGCUUCCGAGCCCGUUCUGAACGACAUUUCCCGACCCCGCCGCACAAGGUCUGGUGACAACCAUCUUGAAUCUGAUGGGGAGAGGUACUCCGAUAAGCUUGUCUUGAGCCCUGCAUUCGCCUUCCGCGAUGGGCUUGCGGAUGACGUUGUCCCUCAGCUGCUGGCCAGGCUGCUGAUGGCAUUCGAAGCCCAGGAGGUUGGCAUGGACGAGGUAAUGGCAUUGGCUGCUUCAUCGGUCUUACAAGAGACGGCCCGUCACCCUGGCUGUAACCGGAUCACCUGGUGGAUCAUGGACAACGACAGUGGCGAUCCUAUAGCAGAUGUCGAAACGAAUCGUCUUCUCCAGGCUCGGCUGCCAUUCUUGGCUGCUCGCGCUGUGCUAGUAUCGCCCGACGGGGUUGGGAGGGACACCUGCUGCAUAGCCUGCGCCUAG